UAAUUCGGCAGCUUCUUCCUCAGCUUGAAAUUCCUGAAGUUUGGAUCUUUUGUCUGAAGUCUAAGCUCGCAGUUUGAGAAGAUAAACUUCGUGAAACCACACUGAGAGAUAAACCCGCCUGUCCUCAGAAGGAUCCGGACUUUACACUUUCCCGGGUCAGCUCUGAGCGGGUCUGAUCGGGUCUACAGGAGCCGGGUUUCUGUGCCUUAAGGCGGGUUGAGUCUGAAGAGUUUGGGGGAGAAAUCUUGAUGGACAGAGGAGGAAGAGGAGAGAAGAGGAGGAGCUGAGAGGAGGACAGCUAUGUGGCAAAACUUUUAACGUCUGGACUGAAAACGAGCUGAAAACACACCUGAGCCCAGGGAUGGAGGGAGAGAAGGAGCAACAGAGGGAGGAGAAGGAGAGUAACGAGGCGGAGGACGACCGGAUCUCUGACGACGAUGAAGUUGCUGACAACGAGGAGGAAGAAGAAGAGGAGGAUGAAGGCUCAGAGGGGGCAGCCAUGGUGUGGCAGGAAGGCUACGGAGAGGACAAUCUGGGUCUUCCCAUCAUGCACUGGGAGGCUCUGAGCCUGCGCAUCGCAGAGCUGGAGAAGCAGGAGGAAGAGAAGAAGGCGAAGGGGUUGUCUCCUGAUCGGGGCCGAGCUCCUGUCAGCUGGAUGGAGGAGAGAGGGAGGAGAGGGGAGAGCUGGGAGGACCGAGACGACGCCUGCAACAGCCAUGUGCUGGCUCUGACAUCACGGCUGCAGACCCAGAUGAACCUCCAGCUCUGCUUCAUCAACAACAGUGAGAGCGAGGAAGAGGAGGAGGAGGAGGAGAAGGAGGGAGAGAGCAGCAGCACACGGAGGGGGGCGGCUCUGGUCCAGAAGAGUCCUCAGCCUGCAGCCAAACCUGAGAAACCAAAGUCCAGAGGCUUCAGGAACACUCUGAGGAACCUGAGAGACCGGCUCAGGACGGACCACAAGACUCAGUCUGCAGCUCGCAGCGAUCCGGCGGCUCAGAGGAGACAUUUAGAGCGCAGUGACUUAAAGAAGUUCAGCAUGAAGGAGCUGAACGCUCACAACAAGUCUCUCAGCAAGAACAUUCAAGACCUGAGCUCUGAGCUGGUCGGUCUCCUGCAGGUCCGGGACCAGCUGAGGACGGAGCAGGACGCCAUGCUGCUGGAGGUCCAGGACCUGACCUCAGUGUGAGGAGAAGGAGGAGGAAGAGGAGGUCUCUGACACACAAACAUUCAGAGUUUCACCACCUGAGGAGAGGACUCAGAUGUUAGGGGUAAUGGGAGUGUGAAACAGGGACACAAGUGGACUGAGUCUUCCUCAGAGUCAGAUUAGAGUCCACAACUCAUGAGGGUUUGGGUUAAAGGGAACUCUCUCUGUUGCAAGGACUGGAAAACCAGAGUCGUUCCUGAUUUUAAAAACUUUCAUUCGGACUCUUCUGAACCAGAUCUCACGGCCAAAAGGGAAACUUUGUGUGACUAAUCUUUGCACGUUAAAAAUACACAUGGUACAUCCGGUCAGGGAUGAAGUCUGGAGGCUUCAGGUGAGGAGAGGACGAGGGAAUCAAGACUGGAUUAUUGUGUUUUUGUUUUUUACUGAGCUGAACAAGCUCCACGUUUAACGACUGCUUUUUUAUUUGUGACACUUUCAGCACAAACAUCCUCUUAAGACAAACCUAAAGCACAUUUUCAUCAACCCAACAGUGGUUUUAAACAAACAUAUCAUGAAUUAGAUUUUUUAAAAAUAUCCCUGGAUGGUUUUUUACUUGAUUAAAGGCUCAGGAUAAAAAAGGGAAAAUAUAAAGAUGCUUCUGUUAUCGACAUGAAACUACGGAGCCCCUGAAAUCCUGCAACGGUCGCAGCUUUUAUCUUGUUUGCACAAAUGAUUAUAAAGUGUUAGUCCGGUGAAGAGGAUGUGUUCGCUCUCUCAUGCUGUGUGUGAUGAAAGGAGCAUAAACAUUCACUUUUGGCUCUGAGAACAACAGAAGCACAUACACGUCUGCAGCAGCACACUGAAGAAACAGCGUGAACACAGAGGGAGCAAUAAUCCAGCCAACUGUGGGAUUAGGAGAUAAAAAAUGAUCCCGCAAGAAAGCUCGGCAAACCUGUAUCAUGAAAAGUGUUUGACAUUAAAAGAAACAGACUUUAUCUAAUAUAAUCAGUAUAAACAUGGGGCGCACCACUCAACCCAUCCAGCAGAGGGCGCCUUUGUCCCACUCAAAAUACCAACCCCAUCAUAAAGCUCAUAAAACGACAUCAUUAUCUGUGUUCUCACUUUCAUUAAAGCAUAGCACUGACUCAUGUCAUAACCACUCCUGCGUUUGCACACAAUAAUAAUCUUGCGCUCACAAGAUACUAAAUCGGAUCAUCUCGUGGGGCUUCAGGUGCUCUGUAUGAAACAGGGUUUAUGUUUAAAAACUCAAAACCCAAAGAAAACUCAUGUUCAGAUGUUUGUGAACAAAGAGGCGGAUGUUGUUAGAGAUGAUGAGUCAGUCUUUUAAUUUGAAGGGGACUUCCUUUCUCUGUUUUUGUCUCUGUCGUGAACCUACAGGACGUGGUCUAAGCUACGUUUAGAUGAUGUUUCUCUCUGCACUGGUUUGAAUCAGUCUAAUUUUUCAGUUUGUUCUACUGAAAGUUUAAUUCCUCUUUUUUAUUUGUGAAAAAGAUCAAACUGACAGACUGGAGAGCCAUCUUGUUUUCAAAGGGAUGUUUUAAAACGUGCGUUCAGAGCGAGCAGUGAUGACACCACGGGCACUGACAUGGACUGAAACUUGAGUCUGAUCUGAUCGAACAUGAUGAUGCUCAUAUUUAAAGAAUCUGAAUGUUUAAUGAACUGUCUUUUUAAAAGCUGUCACAUAUAAAGGGAGAGAGUCUAAUGUCUAAAAUGUCUUUUUCAUUCAACAUGUCCAAACAAUCUCCCGUGCUUCAUUUGUGUUUUUUUGGGGAACAAAAGGGAAACUGUUUUUGUUUUUGUCAUCGUUUCUUGAGUCUUGGCACAAGUUUUUCAAUCUUUUAUUUGACUUUCUAACAAAAACCUGCUAUUUUUUAUCUAACUAAGUUCAUUCUUCCAUGUUCUUCUUCUUCUUCGCUGAGCUCUUUUUUAGCUUAGUGGCUGUAUUACAUGAAAAUAAAAUGUACGUACAAAACGUGA